AUGGCUAAAUUCAUCAAGUCGGGAAGAGUAGUUUUGAUCCUUCGAGGUCGAUUUGCUGGACGGAAAGCUGUUAUUAUUCAGUAUUUUGAUGGUGGGUCCAAACUCUGUCCAUUUGGCCAUGCAUUGGUUGCAGGCAUUGAUCGGUAUCCUUUGAAAGUGACUAAAAAAAUGUCUCACAAGAAAAUUGCCAAACGGUCAAAAAUAAAGCCUUUUGUUAAGCUUAUAAACUAUAAUCACAUUAUGGUUACACGGUAUACAUUGGAUUUAGACAAUUUGAGGACCCUUUUGACUCCUGAAAAAUUCAAAGAACCUUCUCAACGCGAUGAAGCUAGGAAAAUUAUUAAAAAGCAGUUUGAAGAGCGUUAUAUGUCCGGGAAAAAUAGAUGGUUCUUUACUCCUAUUAGAUUCUGA